AACAAAUUCUUAAAUACACGCGGAAAGUCAAAAAAUAUAUAUUUUGGCUAUGGAACUAUUUCGUUCUAAUCAUUGCCAACACACCACUUCUCUCACUGUUUCAUUUACACACAUGCGAGAUCAUUAAUAUUAAUAAUAUUGUACAUAGAUAGUUACUUUUUUUGUAAAAUUUUAUUUAACAUCAUUAUACGGUAAUUUAGUGUUAAUGCAUGUUUAAUAUGCAUAUGAUGGAAAGUAUUUUUGCAAACGAACCAAACAUGCUGCAUCCUGGUGUGUUUUUUCAAAGGUUCGUUUAAAAAAGUAGGAGGUUACCGUGGAUGGACUAUACACAAAGUGCUCGUAAUCUUAACAGCAGAACCAAAAACAUGGUGUGGUUUUUAUGAGAGAAUUUUUUUCCCAGAUUUUGACGCCAUUAAAUAACAAUGCUACAAUGAUAUGUAUAUGCAAUGAUUUUGCGAUAAAACACUGUAUGUUACAAAUUUAGUUUAGCAUAACUGCAUCUAUUCACUUUGUGCUAGUUUGUACUUGGUUUCGUGGAAUAGAUGUAUUAUGGCUGUGUUCAGUUGCUCAUUUGUUACAUUGAUAAUAUUUGCACAUUGUUGUGGUCUGCACCAACUUGCACUGUUUUUUGUAUUUUUUGUUAAUUUAAAAAGUAAAAGGGUGUGGAAAAAUUUUAACUUAUUACACCAUGAAGUUUGAUCAGCUUGCGUGGACAGCCUCAGAUAAUCACACAUACUGUUGCAGCAGGGGGGAUGGAGUUUUGAAUAGUUUGUAAAAGUUAGUGGGCACCACUGUGUCUAGGGGGCAGAGAUCCGGCGGAGACUGUCCUCAAGGCAUGAAGUCGUCCGUGAGGGGACGUGACUGUUUCCGCCUUACACCUUUAUUUCACUACCAGAACCUGGCCCGCUCUAAGCGUCGGGCACGCUACACUGAAUGCUCGCGUGGGCUCUUACGGCGUCCCGCUUGCCGCUAAGUACUUGUACACACACAUGUGGUCAGAUGCAUAAUAACAACACAAGGUUUGCGAAACGAUUAUUUAUUACACGGUACUCUCUAACAUCCCCCGUACACUAGGUAUUAAUAUAAAUAAAGUUACACCGCGUAACGCCUUGCGGCACGACCGGCUUACGGAUGGUUCGGUCAGUAAUGUCCUUGUGGUAAUGACAAAGUCUGCCAAGCUUUUAAAUAUAUAAUUAAUUUAUACAGCUGCGCCCCCGAGGUAGACUGCAAGGAUAUUAGCAAACGAUUUGAAAUUAAUAAUGAAACAGAAUUACAAAGGUCAGUUCGUACAUAAGAUGAAGUGCCCGGAGCGCGGAGAGCGUCCUACAUCGGGUGACAAUGCGAAGCGAAUGGGGAGGGCAUGGCUGUCGAGGUGAUUCGUCAGCGCAAUCGCGCCGAAACUGCAAGUACUCUUAGGGCCGGUUUCACCAGUCGAGUUGAAAAUCCCGAUGAUGUUAUCGAGAUAAAAAGUUAAUCUUCCAUUUCUAUCUCGAUAAAGUUAUAUGUGUUUCACCACAUAUUAUCUUUCUCUGAGAAAAUCGAGAUAAGUUUAACUCGAUCUUCUGAAAUUAUCGCGAUUUUCUGUUUGUAAACACCUUUCGUUAUCAAAGUUUGGCUAGAAAUUUCGUAGGCUAUUAUGGCGAGCCAAGGCUGUAAUUUGUCAAAGAAGCAGAGAAAUAAAAAUACAUCGCAGCAGGAGAAAUACAUUCUUUUAGAUUUAGUAACUGAACAUUUCAAUAUCAUUGAAAAUAAAAAAACAGAUGGUGUUUCACAGCAACAAAAAAUGAAGCAGUGGCAAAUACUUGCAGAUACUUUCAAUUGUAUGUCUGGAGAACAUCACAGGACUGCAGAAAAUUUAAAAGCGGUGUGGGAGAAUCUCAAAAAGCACACGCGAAAGACUUCUGCUGAUCAACGAGUUCAAGUAUUAACUGGAACAGGUGGAGGUCCUUCAAAAACAGUUAGUAAGGAUCCCAUUUGUGAGAGAGUGCAGAGCCUAAUCAAACCGACUAUCGAUGGUGCCAAGAAUCCCUUCGAUUCAGAUUCAGAUGCAAUAAUAUUACCAUUUGAUGCAUCAAAUAGGCCUACUGAUGAGGAUGACAGCAUUCAACUGGAUGUCGGAGCAGAAGUGGAUGUUUCUUUCGUGGAGACGGCAGAGACAGUAACUCUUCCAAAUGGCGACUGGACGCAUUAUACUCCAGCCAUGCUCAGCAGUCCUGUGUGUUCUGCCCUUCGACACUCCAAUAACAACUCGGCUAUCACAAACACAGUGCAGACCAAUACUACUGAUUCAUGCAGUGCAAGUAGUGGGAAGGCAAUGCCUCCUAGCAGUAGGGGAAAUGCUUCAGUGCAAUCUCCCUUUACUAGCAAGCGGCGACCAACCCCGGCCACCAAAGUGAAAGAAGUAAGUGCUGUCAAUGCAGCAAAAAUCGAACUAAUUGAACUUGCAAAAAAACAUGCAAUCGAGGAAAAAGAAGUUAUGAAAGAAAUCUGGGAACUGCGGUUACAACAAGAACGAGAAAAAGUAAAGCAGGAAAAGCUGCAAACUGAACUUUUAUCUUUACAAAUCUUGAAAAUAAAGAAAGAACUAGAACAUUUGCAGUAAUUUAAUUGUUCUUAUGUAUUAAACAUUUGCUCAACUAUCAUGACAUAAUUGUUAUAUAUUACAUGUAUAUUUACAAAGUGAUAUUCAUUGUGCCUAUUAACAAACAGUUUCAAGUACAAAUGUUAAGAAUUAUAUAAAAGAUAAUACAUGUUCGCUUAUGUCACAUUAUUUUGUAUGAUCUAAGCAGUUUUACAAUGCAAAUGUAUUAAAAUAUUCCAUACAUCUUGCUAUAUGUAGUUAUUUUCACCAGCAAAUCUUCAAGUUGAUGGCAUCUCUGUGUGACAUAUAGAUCAGUAUGACCUACAACAAACUGAAAAUACACAGAGUGAUAAAUAAUCGUAUCUUAAAUAAGUAUUACAACACACACACACAUAUAUAGGUAUUUAAUUAUAGGUAUAUGUAAAUUUCAUUUACCUCCUGAAAUAGUUUUCA